GUGAGGUUUGACAGCUCGACAGUCCAACAUGGCGUCCUGCUAGCAGACAGAGACAAACAGAGACAGAGACACCUCCACCUCCUGCUCCUCCUCUAAUGGAUUUAUCUGGACAGGGAAUGUCCUCGGCCCUCCGGGAGUCCACCAUGACAGGGUGAGGGUGCAAUUCCUGCUCCUUUCUGUGCUAUUAUCAGACUCGGUGGGAGUGUAGUGACGGAACAACGGCAGCGGGCUGAGGGGAGCUGUGUGCCCGAGCCUGCGUCACCUUUCCCCGGCAUGUCUGGCAGGUCACCCCAGGCCUGUGUCUGAACCCCCCUCAUCCCCCCUCCCCACUCAAGAUGUCGUCCACUCCAGCCAAAGCGUCGCUGCUGCGCCCGUCCACGGCCCUGGACUCCCUGUCCGUGUCGUCCCUGCUGUCCGGGGACUUGGACGAGGACGGGGAGGGCGGCGCCGGCGAGGCCGGGGGGCUGGGGGACCUGGAGGUCAACCCGUACGACGGCCUGCCCUUUUCCUCGCGGUACUACGCCCUGCUGGAGGAGCGGCGCCGCCUGCCGGCGUGGACGCUGCGGCAGGCUCUGCUGGAGCACCUGGAGAGCCACAGCAUGGUGCUGAUCAGCGGCCCCAGCGGCGCCGGGAAGAGCACCCAGGUGCCCCAGUGGUGCGUGGAGUACGCCCUGUCCUUCGACUUCUCCCAGGGUCUGGUCUGCUGCUCGCAGCCGUACGCGGCGGCGGCGGUCAGCCUGGCGCUGCGCGUGGCGGACGAGAUGGACCUGAGCCUGGGCCUGGAGGUGGGCUACCGGGUGUCUCACGACGACAGCUGCACCCCCGACACCCUGCUGCGGUUCGUCAGCGACGCCGUCCUGCUGGAGGAGAUGAUGUCGGACCCCCUGCUGCACCAGUACGGCGUGGUGGUCCUGGACGAGCUGCAGGAGCGCACCGUGCCCACCGACGUGCUGCUGGGCCUGCUGUGCGACGUCUGCCGCCAGCGGCCCGACAACUUCCGGGUGGUCCUGCUCGCCCACCUGACGCUGGCGCCCCGCCUCUCCUCCUUCCUGGGCGCCGCCGUCCCCCACCUCUCGCUGAGCCCCGCCCCCUCCGCGGCCGUGGAGACGCUGCACAGGGAGGUCCCGGCGGGGAAGGACGCCAUGGCCGCCGCCUGCCACGUGGUGCUGGACCUCCACCGCAGGGGGGAGCAGGGCGACGUCUUGGUGUUCCUGGCCAGCUCUCAGGAAGUGGAGGACGGCUUGGCGCUGCUGGAGAAGGAGAGUCUGGCUCUGAGCCCUCAGCUGGGGCCUCUCCGGGUCCUUCCCCUCCACGCCGGGCUGGGCGCGAUGACCCAGAGGAUCUAUGAGGCUGAGCCGGAAGCCUCCGCCGCCAAGGAGAGCGACGGCUCCACAGCAGCCGAGGCCUCCGCCAUGGGAGCCGCCGCCACCGCCGCCAGCGUCAGGAGGAAAGUCAUCCUCACAGAAACACUCGGAGAGGCUUCCUUCUCCCUGCCGGCCGUCCGCUACGUCGUGGACACCGGCCUCCAACUGAAAACUGUUUACAACCCUCAAAUCAGAGCAAACUCGCAGGUCCUGAGGACAAUCAGCAAACCGCAGGCCGACAUGCGCCGUCAGAGAGUCAACAGCGUCCUGCCAGGGCUGUGUGUGCGUCUGUACCCCGAGUCGCGGUACGAGGAGGAGCUGGGCGCCGCCCGCUGCCCCGGCGUGGUGGAGGAGAACCUCAGCCACCUGGUGCUGCUGCUCAAGAGGCUGGACAUCGCCGACAUGGGCCAGUGCAAGUUCCUGGACCGGCCAGCCCCCGAGGCCCUGAUGCAGGCCCUGGAGGACCUGGACUACCUGGCGGCUCUGGAUGACGACGGGAACCUGUCGGAGGUGGGCAUCAUCAUGUCGGAGCUGCCUCUGGAGCCGCCGCUGGCCAAGGCGCUGAUCGCCGCCUGCGAGUACGACUGCGUGGACGAGCUGCUCACCAUCGCCGCCAUGCUCACAGCUCCUUCCUGCUUCGUGACCCCUGACCCCGGCAGAGAGGAGGCGGCGCUGGCUCAGUGGAGACCCCUGAUGCACGCAGAGGGAGAUCACAUGACGCUGAUCAACGUUUAUAACGCCUUCACAGCACAUAACCAGGACGAGGCGUGGUGUGUGGCGAACUCCCUCAGCGCGGCGGCCUUGCAGCUGGCGGUGGUGGUGCGGGCGGAGCUGCUGGAGGUGAUGCAGCGGAUCGAGCUGCCCGUGUCUCCGCCCGCCUUCGGAUGCCAGGACAACUGCACCAACAUCAAGCGCGCCCUCAUCUCGGGCUUCUUCCUCAACGUGGCUCACGACGUGGACGGGUCUGGAAACUACCUCCUGCUGACGCACCGCCACGUGGCCCACCUCCACCCCUUCUCCUGGUACCGCUGCCGCCAGCCGUGCCCCGCCCCCCCCUCCUGGGUCCUGUACCACCAGUUCACCAUCUCCCGGGACAACUGCAUCCGCAUCGCCUCCGAAGUCCACCCUCAGAUGCUGGUGGAGCUGGCGCCGCUCUACUUCCUGGGGAACCUGCCCUCCAGCGACGGCAAGGAGCUGCUGAUGGAGCUGAGGCACGGCCUGGAGCCCCCCGGGCCGGACGCAGCGCCGCACAGGGACGGGGACGCCGGCGGACAGACUCACAGCCAGUCCAGCACCGAGCUCUGCGUGGUGCAGUGAGACCUGGACCUGGACCCGGUCCUGAACCUGGACCUGAACGAAACACUACUGUACAGCGGCGUAGCCUCCUUCUAUUUCCUCCCUGUGUUGUUGUGCUACGUGAAAUUGAGCUUCUUUUUUUUUUAUAGUAUUUAAUGAGGGAAUUCUGUGUGUGAAAUCACUGUUGACUAUUUUUUAAAAAUUGAAAAUAAUGGAAGACACUUUGAGGAGUGAAACUCUUCAGCUGAAAGCAAUACACACUACUCGAGUGACCUGAGACGCUGCUGGCGUGAAAUCUAUGCAGACGCUCUCCUCAGGGACCUGCAGUCUUUGUCCACUGUAAACCUUCUGCUGUCAAACCUUUUGAUACUGUUGGCCCGAUGUUUGGCUUUCUGUCUGUUCGCUCUCCGUGGAGACGACGGACCUCCAUUAAAAGUGCAGU